UUCUGUGCAGAAAGGAUUUCGACUGUACUGUUCACAUUUCUUGUCAGCUUUCUCCCUCGAAAGUCGCAAUGUAUAAUUUAAACGCGUAAAGUGUAUAUAAUAUGAGCAGAAUUAUCUUCAUAUCAGGUUAGGUUCAGAAAGUGUACCAUAAUACCGACACAAAGCACAGUACUUACGUGUGGAAACACUUAUUUACAUUGCUUGCAAAUUGAAUUGUAUUGGAUUUAUCAGAUACAUUUAUUAAAUAUAUAUGUGUAUUAAUGCAUAGAUGUUAAACAUAUGUAACACAAUUAGCGAUCAACUGUAUAACAUUUUAUGACAAUAAUUUUGCAACAAAAUGUGGAACGUAAUGUUGACGAGAUUUUUUAGUACAGUUGUUAAAAAUCAAAGAGUGCAGAUCUAUAAGCAUUGGACCUUAAGUACAGCUGUUUUUAAAACAAACAGCAUGUGUACUGACACUUUUGAUACGAAUCUUCUCUCCCCAGAGGAAAAGGAGAAAAUACUCCGAGUAAUAAAUAACAAAUCUGUGAAGGAUUUACUACAGUAUUCGAUUACCGAGAAGCGUGCACAGAAAUUAGAAUCGUAUCGUGCGAAUAAAGGAUCAUUUGAAUCAUGGGAAGAGUUGUUACAAGUAAAUACGAAUAACAAAUGGGUAUAUAACUUUUACAAGUCAAUUAUUAUUGGCAAGAAAAAGAAAAAGCCUAAAAAGAUUUUGCAGGGCUUGGUCGCAACGCCGCAAAAUACUGAUCAAAAGGAUGUCAACACGGUGUUAGGCAUAUACGUAGGAUCUGAUAUCAUAAGUUGGACAUUAUUGAACCGCAAUUGCGAAGUAUUGCAGUGGACCUAUAAAUCUUUUCCACAAAAAGAGAAGAAAGAAAAUAUUCAUUCUUUACUCCAAGCAACAAUACCAAUUGCUAGAAAACUGCCGAAGGCUGAUCGGUAUAUAAUGCAAGAAAUCAGCGGUGAUGUGGGCCGUAUACAAAACCGUCAUUUUUAUCAAAACUUUGUUCAGCGGUCUGUAAGAGGCGCUAUCAUUUUGUCACAUCUGACAAUGUUGGAUAGUAAAUUUAACGACACUACAGUAGAGUUUGUGGCAAACAACAUCUUUACACUUCGGCAGAGUGUAUUACGAAAACUCUACGGACUUGCAAUGGGCAACGAGACUAUUUCCACGAGAUACGUGUUGGAACAGUUACUGCAAGAAAACCAGGAAGUGAUAAAAACAAAGGAACCAAAAGUGUUAAUAGGACCGGAAUUAAUAGAUAUGUAUCACGCACAAAGUUCUAUUUGUCAAGAACAGAUUGGUUGGCCGUUAUUAAUAGCGUUAGCCUUCGUAGAAUUAAUCGUACAUAAGAGAACUGAUAUGAUCCUUCGUGAAUCUUCUCAAAGAUUAUUAAAACAUGAUGUUACUUGUUAUUAAUUUAAUAGCAAUGCCAAAAGAGUAAUUUUACUAAGAAAACAUUGUUAAUGAAUAUAUUUUGUGAACAGAUCGCUUAUAGCUUAUAGUAUGAAUAGAGAAUAGUUUUUUUGUUAUUUUUUCAAUUUAUAUAUGGCAGAAAAGGAAUAGCAACUCCGAAACAAUUCCAAAUAAAGUCUGCUAUAUUUGGAUCAUUGUAAUCAAGACAAGAAAUCGUAUAAAACAGAACAAAUCUGUCAAUUAUAAUUAUUUAGAUAUAAUGCUGUAAUGAAGUAAAUUUAUAUAAUGAAAAUGUAUGGAUAAAAAAGUUUGCAUUUUUGUUUUCUAACACUGUUCAGGUUAAUACCAAUCAGUAUCAUUUAUAUAUGUUCCAUAUUAUAUAUGAUUGAUUCUACAUUUAAUUUUGCAAAUUUAAUGGAUGUAAAUUAGUAAAGGGAUAUUGACAAUUCUCGCAAUACGCAAAGCAUUCAUCUUCGUAUUUCAUUUCAAAUAAUUUAUUUGCGUAGUGACGAGAAUCGAAAAGUGUGCGUAAACGUUAUACCAAUAAUAAUAAUAAUAAUAAUAAAUACAAUAGACUUCUGUACA